AUGGAUCACGACCAAGAUGGAGACUUCUCCACAGAUGAAAUAGAUCAAGAUCAACGAAAUUCAAAAAUCGGUAUCAAGAAGGAAGGUGGAAAGGGUGAUAAGAAAGGUGUUAUCAACAGAGUGAAUAGGGCUUGUAAUAACUGUAGGAGAAUGAAAAUGCGUUGUGUGGGUGCAGAUGAUCCCCCUUGCAAAAGAUGUCGAAAUGGUGGAUUAGAAUGUGUAAUGGAAAAACCUGGAAGGGCAGGAGGAAGUGAUGGGAACGUAGGCGAAGACCGAAUACGAUCACUCGAAAGUCAAGUUUCAGCCAUUCAAAAUACGUUAACCGAUUUGGUGACUACACUUCGAGCAGGAAUGUCAUCUGGUGCUUCGAAUGCUUCAGCUCCAACUCCUGUAAAUGUUACUACUACCUCUCCAGAAUACGCUUCUUCUGUUGGUGCCAUAUCGUUACCUCCUUCCACAUUACACUCACUCAUGGCUCCUCCAACUGCUUCACCAACCAUGAACCCAGCGGCCAUUGACUCAACCAACCUCUUUAACCGUACUCCCGUGUCGAGUGGUAUAUCUACGCACAGUCAACCAAAUAUUUUCUCGCAUACACCAUCAACGCAGACUCCGUCUUUCUUACCUCAAACCACCAACUCAGCCGGACCUUUCAAUCCAUAUCAGAUGAAUUCGUCUAAUACUACUUUCACAGUGUCACCUCAUGAGAGUGCUCUCGCCCCUCAACACGCUCGUAGACCCGUUAUCGAGAAUUCGAGACGGCAGACCGUUCCCGUUGGUUUCCAGGCUGCAGGGACUCAGUGGACAUCCCCUCAUCUUGCAGAAUUAGAACCUCCAACACGACACAUGUCUCUUCCUCCUUCUCGAGCUGGCUCGAUGGGACCUGAAGAUAUUUUAGGUCCCAAUGAAAUCAUUAAUCCUUUAGGGGAAAUGUCCAACAUGGCUGGACUAGUAGAAGCUGCUGUAAAAAGAGCCAGAGAAGAGCAGGCCAAUAGCACAAGUACUAAUGGUGGUACACCAAUAAAGCGAUCUGCAAGCGAGAUGGAAAGAUCUUCGUCGGGCAAUGAGGAUAGCAAGACAGGACCCAAAAGAGCUCGACACGUUGCCACACAUCCUGUUGCAUCAGGACCUGUCAUAUAUGAAAAUCAAAACCUUCCACCUCUACCUGUUGGACCCGGUUUCAAGGCUGGUCCAAAAAGACAGCAUGUUCACGCUUUCUCCGAUGCCGUUGCUGAAGGGCUUGUUUCUGAGGAAGAGGGUAAAGAAAUGAUAAACAUCUAUUACCAAGGUUCAUCAAACUUCAUACCCUGCUUUGACCCUAAACAUGAUACCUGGGAUUCCCUCCGUGUACGAUCACCGUUCGCUCUCACCACAAUGAUAUUCGUUGGCGCUCGAGUACGGGAUGGGGGUGGCCCUCACAGUCCCACGCAAACUCUCUGCCGCGCGCAUGCCGAAAAGAUAGCCGUCAACACGCUCUUCCACCCGGUCCAGCGUAUCGAGGCAGUCCAAAGCAUGAUUCUCUUGUCAGCCUUCCGCGAUAGUGGAUGGCUUCCAGGUGGUCACGCCGUACGAAUGGCCGUGGACAUGGGUAUCAAUCGAUCUUUCCUUCACCUACUCAGGACCGGUAUGGGGAAACAGAAACCUGAAGCUAAUAUGGAGGAAGAACGAGCUUUGGUCAUUCAAUCGAGAGUCUGGUUGUGUCUUUACUUGAUGGAACAUCAAAUGGCGUAUGGCACUGGACGACCUGCGAUCAUCCGCGAAGAUGAAACCAUUCACCAAUGUCGUCGACUCCUUGAACAUCCUUACUCCAUUCCUUCUGACGCCAGACUCGUAUCUACUGUCGAAAUGACGGCACUGCGAUCUCCGCUCCACGUUGAACUGACCACUUCACCUGAUCUGCCCAUCGCCGAAGGUACGCUCAGAAGACUCAAACAAGCCAAUACCGACUUUGAUGCAUGGGAAAGAUAUUGGGAUAGAGUUUUGUCAGAUAAGUUCGGAAAAGGAAAAGGAGAUUUCUUCAGAGAAUCCCUUGUUAUUCAAAGACAAUACGCCGAGUUAUUCGUCAACUCACAACUCUUAAGAGGGAUUCGUGAACCUGCAGAUGUUUCUAAGAUGCCGGAUGAGAAGAGAGUUCUGGCCAUUAGAGCCAUGAGAAACGCUCAAAAGAUAUUGGAUAUUUGUCUACAUGGAGAGAAUUAUCGAAAUGGUUUGAAAUACGCGGUACAUUAUACUCAUGUUUGUGCUGCGUUUGCUGCCUCUUUCUUGAUUCGAAUUGCUCGACUUUUCCCUCAUCAGUUGAAUCUGAAGAAAACAGCUAAAGAUAUAGAAGAAUUAGCUAUGGUUUUAUCGCAAAUUCCAGCUGGAAGAUAUGCUCGGUCACUUCGAUUGAUUUUACGAAAGGCCAGACGACAAAAAGUCAUCCCUGCGCCCAGCGCCAUGCCAUCUCCUAAUAAACCAUCUUCUGGAUUACCUACGAUGACUCGCAAUAGCGGUACCAGUACUCCUGUUGGAAUGACCUCUGCUAUAACUGCAUUCUCACCUUCUCAACUGGUCAAUCCUGCAUUCUAUCCUAGUCCAGCACCCGCACCAACAUCAACUGGUACGAGUAACGGUCUCGUUCCGCCGCAAGUGAACAUGUCACCUACUUCAGCUGCAGUGUUGAUGAAUGCUACCAAUCAACUCAUGAACGAUAGUCCUUCAUCUGCUGAAUUGUUCGAAUUUGAUUCUUUGUUCGCUCAGGAAACAAUGGAAAGAGCAGGUAUAUCUUUGGGUGAAGACAACCAAUUACCAUUAUUCUUAGAUGGUCAAUCAUUAGGUUCAUCCGCCAAUCAGACUGAUAUGGCACCAUAUGUGGGAUUAGAACAAUUCUUCUUACCUCAAGAUGUGGAUAACAGAUUGACCGGUCCAGGUAAUAACGGGAAUGGAGCAUUUGAUGGGGAUGGAAUCGAUGGAUAUACGGGAGCGGAUAGUUCGUGGUGGUGA